AUGUCGUCCACGUCCACCUCGCUGGCUCCCUCUUCCACUGACAACGACAACAACGACAGCAACCCGAGCUUCUUCACCCCGGGCUCCUCACCCCCGCUGAUCCUCGCUUUCCUGGCUAUUGGCCUCUUCGCUGCAGCGAUGAUUGCAGUCUUUGGGUGGAGGAGGAUACAGUUUUCGAGCACGGCUGACCCGAGGGCGGAUGUGGAUGAGCGACUGAGACAUUUAGGCCAGAGACCAAAGCUGUGGGAUCUCUGGACGCGGAAGCGGGAAACCUCAUCUGAUGCUCAGGCUUGGGAGGCUAUAAUGCCAAUCUCUGCAGCCAUCUCGGAUAGCGAUACCAAACCUCAGGCUGACCAUCGUCAUUCGAAGGGGGGCAAUGUAUCCUUCCUGCCACUUCUUCGAUCACGUCCAGAUCAUGGGGAUUCGUCUUCUUUGAAGGACGUGGGCGAUUCAGAAUCCGCAGAUGUCCAGGUGGCUGUAGCCGUAGCUAUGCCAUCCCCACCGAGCACGAAGCGGUUAUCCGUAGCCCCCUCAACCACCUCAGGAAAAGAGCCAGAGAAGAUCGUGGAUGAGACGGUGCUACUGGAGUAUUCCCUAGGGCUUUGUAGUACCAGAAUACCUUGGCGCAGGGAUGAGGGAUAA